AUGAUGGUACUCCAUACACUCAAGACGUCGAUCUCGCACGUGACGCACAUCGCCGAGAAGGGCUACGCCGAGUACAUGGUGCAAGCGAUCGAUCGCCGCGGCGCGUGGGUGCUCUGCCGCCGCUACUCGCACUUUCGCGAGCUCCGCAACGCGCUUCGUAGCAUCCCGCUCUGCACCUCGUGUACAUCGCUCGUCGCCAACAACUCCAUCACCAAGCGGUUUCCGCGCCGGCGGCUCUUCUCUUCGAAUGCCCAGCGCACGCUCGACGAACGGUGCGCGCGUCUCGCACGCUUCCUCGACGUCGUGACGCUCGGCGUUCGGGUGUGCGGUGACGCGUCCUGCAUGGCGCGUGAUCUCGUCCACAGCUUCCUCGUCAUGCCGCAUGAAGAGCCGGGCCAAGGCGUCCUCCACCCGCGGCGCGACAGCAUCCCGCUCCUCACCGAGUCGCCUGCGUCCUUUGCAAACGACGAAUUGCCAGUCCUUGACGCAUUGCCAGUCCUUGGUUACACGAAAAAAGAUCGUCCGCGCGCCAAGCUGGUCGUGCGACCAGUGGAAGCACCAAAGGUAGCGAUGCGCACCCGCAUUGCACGCUUGUGGCAGCAGCGGCCCGUGACCAAGCCGUUCCGCUCGCGCACCACGAUGGAGGUAACACUGGCGACGAUUCAAGAAGGCCACCCCGACGACACCUCGCCGAGCUUGUAG